AUGACUAUAGUUGACACUUGUAUCGACGAGAUUACAAUUAAAUUUAUCGCCGCCAGUGACAAGCUGUGGUUCAUGCUGGAGAUGUAUUCGUUCGUGGACUACUUUACGAUACCACCGUCCUUUGUAUCGAUAUACCUCGAUCGGACGUGGAUCGGACUGAGGUUCCUCCGAGCCCUACGACUGAUGACGGUCCCUGACAUCCUCCAGUACUUAAACAUUCUAAAGACAUCGAGCUCCAUUCGUCUCGCCCAACUCGUAUCAAUCUUCAUCUCCGUCUGGUUGACAGCUGCUGGCAUCAUUCAUUUGCUUGAAAACUCAGGGGACCCAUUAGAGUUCACGAACCCGCAACAGCUUUCGUACUGGACUUGCGUUUACUUUCUGAUCGUAACGAUGUCCACGGUAGGAUAUGGCGACGUUUACUGCCAGACGGUCCUCGGCCGAACAUUCCUAGUAUUUUUUCUACUCGUCGGUUUGGCAAUUUUUGCUAGUAGCAUACCCGAGAUAAUAGAGCUCGUAGGCAGUAGGUCCAAGUACAGCGGCGAAUACAAGCGGGAACAUGGAAAGAGACAUAUUGUCGUGUGUGGCCACAUCACCUACGAAUCAGUCUCGCACUUUCUCAAGGACUUUUUGCACGAGGACCGCGAGGACGUUGACGUGGAAGUUGUCUUCUUGCAUAGGAAAGAACCAGAUCUCGAAUUGGAGGGUCUCCUGAAGAGGCAUUACACGACCGUGGAGUUUUUUCAGGGCACCAUGAUGAAUGCCGUGGAUCUGGAGCGCGUCAAGGUCCACGAGGCGGACGCGUGUUUGGUACUGGCAAACAAGUACUGUCAAGAUCCAGACGCCGAAGACGCGGCAAACAUCAUGCGCGUAAUCUCUAUCAAGAAUUACUCGGAUGACAUUCGCGUUAUCAUUCAAUUAAUGCAAUAUCACAACAAGGCCUACUUAUUAAACAUUCCAUCAUGGGACUGGAAACAGGGCGACGACGUAAUUUGCCUAGCCGAAUUGAAGCUGGGCUUCAUCGCACAGUCUUGUUUGGCGCCGGGUUUCAGCACGAUGAUGGCCAACCUGUUCGCGAUGCGUUCGUUCAAGACGUCGCCGGAUACUCAGGCGUGGCAGAAUGAUUACCUGCAGGGCACGGGCUGCGAGAUGUACACGGAAACACUCUCCCCGUCCUUUACCGGGAUGACAUUUCCCCAAGCCAGCGAGUUGUGCUUCACGAAAUUGAAGUUAUUGCUGCUGGCGAUCGAGAUAAAGGGCGAAGGAGGCGGCGACAGCAAGAUCUCGAUCAAUCCACGUGGUGCCAAGAUCGUUGCGAAUACUCAGGGAUUCUUCAUUGCUCAAUCUGCUGACGAAGUGAAACGGGCGUGGUUUUAUUGCAAAGCAUGCCACGAGGAUAUUAAAGACGAAACUCUGAUCAAGAAAUGCAAGUGCAAAAAUUUGGGGCAGCAGCAGCGCUCUUGGGGCCGGGACUUAGACGACCACCAUCCUCCCCCCACAUUCACUCCGCCAGAACUGCCCAAGAUGGUUCACGUAAGAGGUACAGGUGAGGUCAGUCGCGAUCGAGACGACCCUAACGCUAUGAGAAACCAUCGAAAUUCCGUCGGGAUGACCAUGAUGAAUUCGACGAAGCAGGUAAACAAGGUGAAACCGAACGUGAAUCGAGCGCCGAACGAUAACCUGACAAGUCCGAAUCAACCGUACAAUCAAAGAUCGCAAGAGGAGUCCGCAUACCCCGGCUACCAUCUCGCCUACGAAGUCAAAAAACUCAUGCCGACGAGCAGAGCUUCAGGCGGCACGAACGUGAAUAACAAUGGUGGUCUUCAAGUCGGAAUCGCCGACGAUCAGGCGAAAGACUUCGAUUUCGAGAAGACAGAAAUGAAAUACGACUCGACGGGCAUGUUCCACUGGAGCCCAUCCCGCAACCUCGAAGACUGUAUACUGGAUCGUAAUCAGGCAGCCAUGACGGUCCUGAACGGGCACGUCGUUGUCUGCCUCUUCGCCGAUCCCGAUUCACCCCUCAUCGGACUGAGAAACCUUGUCAUGCCAUUAAGAGCUUCCAAUUUCCAUUACCACGAGCUUAAACACGUAGUGAUAGUUGGGUCUGUGGACUACAUCCGCCGCGAGUGGAAAAUGUUGCAGAAUCUACCAAAGAUAUCAGUGCUAAACGGUUCACCAUUAAGCAGAGCAGAUUUACGUGCCGUGAACGUCAAUCUGUGCGAUAUGUGUUGCAUCCUGUCGGCUAAAGUGCCUAGCAAUGAUGACCCCACCCUCGCCGACAAGGAGGCUAUCCUCGCGUCCCUUAAUAUCAAGGCUAUGACCUUCGACGAUACGAUUGGAGUACUCAGCCAAGCAAAUAAUGAGCAAGGUACUUUAACUGCAGUUGGCAGCCCGAUCGUUUUACAGCGACGAGGAUCCGUUUACGGAGCAAACGUGCCAAUGAUAACAGAACUUGUAAAUGAUAGCAACGUGCAGUUCCUUGACCAGGAUGACGACGACGAUCCGGACACGGAACUCUACCUCACCCAGCCCUUCGCUUGCGGUACUGCCUUUGCCGUCAGUGUGUUAGAUUCGUUAAUGUCAACGACGUAUUUUAACCAAAACGCGCUGACUUUGAUCCGGUCGCUGAUUACUGGUGGAGCAACGCCUGAAUUAGAAUUAAUAUUGGCUGAAGGAGCAGGUUUAAGAGGUGGUUACAGUACGGCUGACAGCCUGGCCAACAGAGAUCGAUGUCGAGUUGGCCAAAUCGCGUUAUACGAUGGCCCGUUGGCCCAAUAUGGCGAAGGAGGCAAGUACGGUGACCUCUUUGUCGCAGCAUUAAAGUCGUAUGGAAUGCUGUGCAUUGGUCUGUACAGGUACAGGUUUCGGGACACGAGCUCGUCGUGCGACGCUUCGUCGAAGCGAUACGUCAUCACAAAUCCCCCGGAUGAUUUUACGUUAUUACCAACAGACCAGGUUUUCGUGCUAAUGCAGUUCGAUCCGGGUCUCGAAUACAAGCCAAGCAGAGGUGCUAGAGGAAAGGACGACGCCUCCUGACUGUUGUUGUGUAGCGCCCUCACCGAUGGACCUUAUUCCUACAUCUAAUCGUACAAAGGAAGCCAUCAUCAUGCCGUCCGUCAUCCCUACGGAUCCAUUUAAUCUUCGUUGGCUGGCAUUUUGGUACGACAUCGCGUGUCCUCAACGAAUUAUCGCAAACCCCGUCCAUAGAGCAACUCAUCGACACGUCCGUUUUUUCCGCUGGCCACGCACCGCCAGCUAUGUUUUCCUCGACACACUCGCAGCCGGAUCAGUUUCCCUUUAUAGUGUCCGCAGUAAAAUUCUUCGUUCCUCGUUACAUCAUCGCUGCGUGAUUCAUUUUUUUACACCGUGACCGAACAUUUUUACGUUGAGACGUGGUCGUAGCAAAGACGAGGCAAAACAUCGUAACGAACAUCGGAUUCAAAUAAAGAGGAAAGAAGAGACAUAGAGAGGUGAUGAAGAUCUGCCAAUGGAAAAGGAAAGAACUUGAACAAGGGAAAAAAGAAGAGGAUGAAGAGAAUGAGAGCAGAAGGAGAAAGAAGAGGAUGGAAGAGAAGAAGAAGAAGAAGAAGAAGAAAAAGAAGAAGAAGAAGAAGAAAAAGUAGAACAAGAAGAAAAGAAAGAAGAGCAAGAAGAAGAAGAAGCGAAGGGAAACGGGAAGCGGCAUGGUGAAAUAUGGUCCGAGGGUAGCUACACGUUACACUCUCUAAAUCUUCGUAAGAUACAAAGAUAUAUCGUCUUCCACGGAAGGCAAUAUAUGGACUGAACGGCUUACCGUGAUGAGUAUAACAAAAAAACUGUGUGAUUAAAUCCCCCUCCCCAUCCCUUCAGAAUAAAGUACAGAGAAGACGAGAAAUAUAUACCUAAAGAAAAAAAAACAAAAUGCGAAGCAAGCAGCUUAACUUUACACGCU